AAGGGUUUUGCGAGAUUGGAAUAAAACUGUUUACUUUGUAAGGUGUAGCAUACAGUCAUUGUCCCGGGUAUGAUAAAAUGUAGAACUGCCUGAAUCCGUGUUUAUAUAACCAAUGCAAUUAUCACAUGAGCUGAAACAACGGAAUCAUGCCGAUUCCGGUCGUGAAAACGUGUCUAAUCAGUCUUCUUGUAUUCAUCGUUGUUGUUCUUCUCGUUUCCAAAUUUGGUGCCACUAAAAAUCAUGAAGAUAUCGAUCUACAGUCAUCGUAUUAUAAGUCGAGGGUAAAAAGUAAAAUCGAGGGCACAGCACCACCAAAUACAAUAGCGGUUGUGGGUGGGGGGAUUGGUGGAACAGCGGCGACGUAUUUUCUUCGGCAGUUAUACGGGUCAGACCUCCAGAUUGAUCUCUAUGAACCAAGCAAUGUAUUAUGUGGCCGUGUUGCGACUAUCGAGAUUGCUGGUCGACGGUAUGAAUCUGGGGGCUCAAUACUUCAUCCAAGCAACCGAUAUUCAAAAUCGAUUGCUGGCGAGUUCGGUUUACGUUACGCAGAACGAGCAAAUAGCCUUCUUUCAUUUCAUGACGGCGAAAAAUUUUUGUUCCGGUCCAGCGAGUGGAAAAUAGUUACAAUAUUUCGAUUGCUUUGGACAUUUGGCUUCGACCUGAUACGCCUGCAUUGGUUCACAAAAAGUUACAUGGACAUGUUCGACUUAAUCUACAACGAUCAGAAGAUGGGACAUAGCUACACCAAUGUUCACGAUCUUUUGUUCGCGGUUGGACAGGACACAUUUAUAAACGCAACAAAGGUCACUGCAUGCAAAUUGUUUGCCGAACAAGAAUUUGGAAAAAAUCUCAUCGACUUAGUAUUGAAUGGUGGAUUGUUGACAAACUACGGACAGACAUGCGAAGUAAAUGGGUUUGUCGGUGCUGUAGCAAUGGCCGGCAUACAGCCUGGGUUGUGGUCGAUCCGUGGUGGGAAUAAUCUAUUGUGUUCCAAACUACACGAAAGCUCGAGUGCUCAUUGGAAACAAAAGUCAGUUACAAAAGUUUCUUUAUCAUCGGAUGGAAAGUUUUCGGUGUCGACGUCGGAAAACGAAGCGAUUUAUGACCACGUGGUAAUAGCAUCGCCAAUCAACCGAGAUAAGAACAACAUUGAUGUUUCGACUGCUUGCUCCAAAUACUGUCCUUCUACAAAAACAGACUUAAGACAUUACAGGAGGACUGUCGCAACGUUCGUAAAGGGAAAGCUGAAUUCAAAGAAGUUUCAAUGUGAUUCCCUUACAUCGUGUCCUGUUAUCAUGUGUACUUCCAAUUCCACAUUUUUUAGGGCUAUUGGCUUGCACUUACCCGUCGACUACGAUAACACAAAUGGAGACACUAUCGAUAGUGCGGUGUACAAAGUUUUCUCUGAUGCACCGCUUACAAAGAACCAGUUACAUCAGUUGUUUGAAGCAUCCAGUGAGAUAAAGGAAGCGGAUUGGUUUGCUUAUCCACUGUUCAGUCCUCCGGAACAACUAGACAGUUUUGUGUUGCACGAAGGACUAUAUUACACCAGCCCGAUUGAAAGAGCAGCAAGUGCAAUAGAAAUGUCUUUAGUUUCGGCAAAAAACGCAGCUUUGCUCUCAUACAAUCAUUGGUACGCAUUACCACGUUCAAGCAGUUCAAAGACGUUAAACGACAGAACUGAAUUGUGACAUACCGCAACCUGUUCAAAAUAAUAGUAUAUGUAACGACGAUGUUAUUUGCCAAAUAUAAAAUAUCGAUGUA